AUGGCAAGCAACUCAACCAUGGAGAUGGGGACCAGCGCCCAGGUAUUGGUGGCAAGAAAGAAAUCAAGGAGAGUGACUUAUGGUAUUGCAUUCGUCGCUAUGUUGGUGACGAUCGGAAUUGUGAUCACGCUUGCUGUAGUGUUGACCGGGGAUGAUAGUUCCGCUGAACAGAUUAUAUCGACGACACAAGGUCCAACGAUUCCGACGCCGACGCUAAUACCUCCAUCAUCAACGACGACAACAACGACGACAACGACAACAACAGAAGCGCCGACAUCACCAAGUCCGGGCGAGAUAAAUUUAGACGAUAUCAUUAAUGGAGAGUUUUCCUCUCCCAUAUUUAACGGCACUUGGACAUCAAACGGUGAAGUGUUAUAUAGGAAUGCUAACGGUGAUCUGGUGUUGUAUAAUGUCGAAACAGAUAGCCCGACAGUCAUCGUAGCGAAUACAUCACAGAUUCUUCAACAAUCAAUACAAGUGGCUGCAUUAUCGUCGGAUCAGAGAUAUGUGGUGCUUUCUUUCAAUGAGGAUUCGAUAUAUAGACAUAGCUUCGAAGCUCGCUAUGCAGCGAUUGACAUCAUCACUAAUGAGGUGACAAACAUAGUUCCUCCUGGAGUUCAACCAGAGAACGCAAUAAUCCAGAACUUCGUCUGGGGACCGACGGGCACAUCACUGGCUUUCGUUUACAUGAAUAACAUUUACUACCAGCAGAACUUGACGUCUGCGCCUCUACAAGUCUCGACAACUGGACAAAGAGGAGUCAUUUAUAAUGGUGUACCUGACUGGGUAUAUGAAGAGGAGGUGUUCGGUUCGAACAAUGCUCUCUGGUUCUCUAGUAACGGCACAAAGAUGGCGUACGCGACAUUUAACGACACUAAUGUGAGGGUGAUGAAGAUACCGCACUUCGGUGUACCCGGCUCUCUGGACGACCAGUACACUGAACACCGCGAUAUACGCUACCCUAAGCCUGGUACUAACAAUCCACUGGUUUCUGUCAGCUUACGAGAUUUAGCUACCAAUGUUGAAAGAAUUUACAAUCCGCCCUCUGAUAUUAAUGAGCCGAUUUUGAAGACUGUGGCUUUUGCUGGUAACGAUAGAAUUGCUAUUAUGUGGACAAAUCGUGUUCAAACCACGCUUCGAGUAGUCCUUUGCGAUGAGAAUGGCAACACUUGCACCACAAUAUUUACAUACACGGAAGAAAAUGGUUGGAUUGAUAACAUUCCAAUGAUUUUCAACGAACAAGGCAACGCUUUCAUUACUAUAUUACCCAGUACAGUAAAUGGUGUUCGUUACAAGCAAAUAAUCCAAGUAUCCCAAGCAAGUCCUACUAACUGGGUUUCUGGACGUCGCACAAAUACAUCUCAUACUGUUGCUGAAAUUUUAUCGUGGGCGGCAGAUAAUACUAUAUGGUACAAAGCCAAUAGUGAAAGUGAUAGAGCAGAACAACAUAUUUACUCACUUAACAGUGAUAACGUUUUGAAUUGCUUCACUUGUAACAUUGUUCGACCUGGCGGAGGACAGUGUCUCUACAAUGAAGCAACUAUCUCCGAUACUCGGAUUACCAUUAACUGCGCUGGACCUGACAUCCCUCAAAUCUAUAUUUAUAACCUAAAUGGAACUAUGGUGUCUGUAUGGGAUGACAAUUCAAGAGUUGCUGAAUUGACAGCAACAUACAGCGUUCCUACCACAUUACGUAGGACUGUACCUUUAGGUCCAGGUCUCCCUGACGCUGAUGUUCUUCUUCAAGUGCCAUCUGAUUAUUUAUCUCGUUCAAACGUACCUCUUCUGGUUUAUGUGUACGGGGGCCCGGACACAUCUUUAGUUACUAGGCAAUGGAACGUCGACUGGGGCACAUCACUAGUCAGUCGCUAUGGCAUUGCAGUCGCUCGUAUUGAUGGGAGAGGUUCUAGUCUUCGAGGAGUUGAUAAUAUGUUUGCAUUGAACAGAAGACUUGGAACUGUGGAAAUUGAGGAUCAAAUUACUGUUACCAGAUUUCUGCAACAAGAGACUCACUGGAUAGACCGCAACCGCACGUGUAUCUGGGGCUGGUCGUACGGCGGGUACGCGGCGUCGCUGGCGCUGGCGCGCGGGGCGGACGUCUUCAGAUGCGCUAUUGCUGUUGCUCCAGUCGUCGAUUGGAGAUUUUAUGACACCAUCUAUACGGAAAGAUACAUGGACACUCCACAAGUGAACGUCGAAGGAUAUUCAAAUUCGUCUCUCCUGACCGAGGAAGUGGUGGAAGCGUACAGAAAUAAGCGGUACUUCUUAGUCCACGGAACUGAAGACGACAACGUACACUAUCAACAUGCCAUGUUGAUUUCCAGGCUGCUGCAACGAAGAGAUGUCUACUUCACUCAAAUGAGUUACACGGAUGAGAACCACAGUCUUGUCGGCGUGAGACCUCAUCUGUACCACGGUCUCGAGAAGUUCCUAAGAGAGAAUAUGUUUUAACAUUGUUUAUUUAAAUUUACCGUUAAAUAUACUAAGUGAAAUUUAAGACAUUCCAAUAAAAUAUUUUACUUAGAUAGACGUUAUUAAAAUAUAAUGAAUUAUUCUUCAAUAGUCAUUUGAUCGUUUUUCGUAAGACGAAAGAUUUUAUCUUCAUUAUAGCAGAUAGUAUAUUUUAUUGAAAAUGGAAAACAGGAUAUAUUGUACACAUAGUUUGAAAUAUAACUGCGUUAGAGUAAAAGCAGUUUAUUUGUUAAUUAUAAUAGAAAAAUUGAAUAAAUCCAUUUGUAAAUUAAGGAAUGUCAUAUACUACCAGCGCUUAUCUAGCAAGCAUGGAGUUAAUAUGUGAAAUAAGAAAAGCAGUAAUGUAUUUCAACACUCAAUAUUUACGUCAUCAGGUCAAUUUUAUAAUGAAAAAAACUAUGUUUCAUUAAUAGGGAUUCUAUUGCGUAAUUGUAAUAUUUUACGACUUGAAAUUUUGGUAAAAUGAUUGCCAUGUACAGCUGUAAAAGAAAACGAUGUUUCAAAUAAGUAAAGGAGCGUUUUUGGAUAUUACAUUGAAGAUUCUUAUAAAUACAAAAUUCAAUCAAACACCUUUAAAAUUUUAGUCAUUCUUUAUGGUAAAGUAAUAUAUACACUCUUUUGCUCGCUCGAUUCAUCCAUUUUUAUUCCUUGUGUAUUAUAUUUAUUAUGCUUCGAUAAUGAAAGUAUUUUCAAUUCUGUA